AUAGCCCUUCCUCUCUGUGGCAGUUAGUACCUGAAUCGCGCAAAAGCGGCACCUACAGAGGACUGCUGUACCAAGCUUGUGUUGAAUGCUUUACCAGAUAGAGAAUAAGGUAUCCACAGCUCACAGUGGUGAACAAGCAAGCAAGAAAGAAAGAAAUGGCUACUAACCCGGGCAUUCUCACUGACUGGCCAUGGACACCCCUUGGAAGCUACAAGUAUGUGGUUUUGGCACCAUUUGUGGUUCAUAGCAUUCACUCGUACAUAACGAAGGAUGAGAACGAAAGAGACUUGUCCAACUUUCUGAUAUUCCCGUUUCUUCUGUGGAGGAUGCUUCAUAAUCAGAUUUGGAUUUCCCUUUCUCGCUACAGAACUGCCAAAGGCAACAACCGGAUUGUUGAUAGAACUAUUGAAUUUGAGCAGGUUGAUCGAGAGAGAAACUGGGAUGACCAAAUCUUGUUUAAUGGGAUACUGUAUUAUUUGGUUAACUUGACAAUGAAAGGAGGGUCUCAUCUGCCUUUUUGGAGGACUGAUGGUAUUCUUAUCACAAUUCUGAUUCAUGCUGGACCUGUUGAAUUCAUCUACUACUGGCUUCACAGAGCAUUACACCACCACUACCUCUAUUCUCGCUAUCAUUCUCAUCAUCAUUCCUCUAUUGUUACUGAGCCUAUUACAUCUGUUAUUCAUCCAUUUGCAGAACACAUAUCGUAUUUUUUGCUCUUUGCAAUACCACUGAUGACCGCUGCACUGACGGAGACGGGCUCUAUCGCUUUAUUCCUUUUUUACAUAACUUUUGUGGACUUCAUGAACAAUAUGGGACACUGCAACUUUGAGCUUAUCCCUAAGAAGCUGUUUUCCAUCUUUCCUCCUCUCAAGUACAUCAUGUAUACGCCCUCGUACCAUUCUCUGCAUCAUACACAAUUCCGAACCAACUACUCGCUUUUCAUGCCUUUCUAUGACUACAUGUAUGGCACCAUGGACAAGUCUACAGACACAUUAUAUGAAACUUCACUCAAAAGAGAGGAGGAGUCUGCUAAUGUGGUACAUCUGACACAUCUGACCACACCAGAAUCUAUUUAUCAUCUUCGUGUUGGAUUCGCCUCUUUAGCAUCAAAACCCCAGAGUACUUCACAGUGGUACAUGUGGUUAAUGUGGCCUGUGACAUUCUGGUCUAUGAUUGUUACAUGGUUUUACGGUCAAACAUUUGUUAUUGAGAGGAAUAUAUUCAAAAAUCUGAACUUGCAAACAUGGGCUAUUCCAAGAUACAGCAUACAAUACACUACAGUCAAGCAAAGAGAGAGUAUCAAUUGUUUGAUUGAAGAGGCGAUAGUUGAAGCUGAGAGAAAAGGAAUUAUGGUUUUAACUUUAGGCCUUCUUAAUCAGGGAGAGGAGAUGAACAGCAAUGGUGAGCUUUUUAUACGAAGGAAUCCUAAGCUAAAAGUGAAGUUAGUUGAUGGGAGUAGCCUAGCAGUUGCUGUUGUUCUGAAUAGCAUUCCAAAGGGAACGACUCAAGUCGCCAUUAAAGGCAACUUAUCCAAGGUCUCCAAUUCCAUUGCCAUUGCUUUGUGUCGCAGAGGUGUCCAGGUAUUUAUUUCCUGCGAAUAUGGUUAUAAAAGGCUCACGGAAACGUGUGAUUCUGAGACUCAAAAGAAUUUGGUCCUUUCAGAUAGUUCUUCUCAGCAGAUAUGGUUAGUGGGAGAUAAAUUGGGAAAGAAAGAACAGAUGAAGGCCUCAAAGGGAACAUUAUUCAUCCCUUUCUCUCAGUUUCCCCCAAAGAAAUUGCGCAAAGAUUGCUUCUACUGCAAUAUUCCAGCAAUGUCUGCUCCAGUGCAUCUCCAGAAUCUGGACUCUUGUGAGAAUUGGUUGCCAAGAAGGGUGAUGAGUGCAUGGCGUAUAGCUGGAAUAGUGCAUGCAUUAGAAGAAUGGAAUGUACAUGAAUGUGGCAAUAUGAUGUUCAGCAUCGAAAAGAUUUGGAAAGCUACUCUUGAGCAUGGGUUUCGUCCCCUCCCAGUGCCCACAUAAUUGAUCAACUGCAAGUAUGCAAGUGCUCGAGUAUGCGCUUAUGUUCUUAGAACAAAUUUCAUCUUUCAGAGCAAGUGAUGCAAUAUUCGACUGUACUAUAAAUAUUUUAGAUGUUGUAUAAUUAUGCUGAAUCGCUUCUAUAUCAGUCAAUCAUAUAUGUAACUUACUUGAAGUAGCUCUUCAAUAAACAUGUAAACUUGCAAUUAGUCUGAAUGUGUAUUUAUAUAUGAUUCUAAUACUUAUCAGCUUCA